AUGUUGGGGAGGAAGAAGAAGAGUGAGUUCAGCGGUGAGGAGGUGAUCGCCGAGUUCGAGCGGCUGACGCUGGACGCCGCCGCCGUCCAGCGGGAGACGCUUCGGCGGAUCCUCGACGAGAACGCCGCCGUCGAGUACCUUCAGAGGCUCGGCCUCGCCGGCCGCACCGACGCGGACGCCUUCCGGGCCUGCGUGCCGCUCGCCACGCACGGCGACCUCGAGCCCUACAUCGGCCGCGUCGCCGACGGCGACACCUCCCCCGUCCUCACCGCCAAGCCCAUCACCUCCAUCUCCCUCAGCUCCGGCACGACGCAGGGCAAGCGCAAGUACCUGCCCUUCAACGAUGACCUCUUCAAGCUGACGAUGCUUGUGUACCGGACUUCCUUCGCAUUCAGGAACAGGGCGUUCCCGGUCGACGACGGCAAGGCGCUGCAGUUCGUCUACGGCAGCCGGCCGUUCACGACCAAGGGCGGCCUCACGGCGACCACGGCCACCACCAACCUGUACCGUAACGAGGAGUACAAGGCCGCGGUGCGCGACAUCCAGCUGCCGUGCUGCAGCCCCGAAGAGGUGAUCUUCGGUCCGGACUUCGCGGAGUCGCUCUACUGCCACCUCCUCUGCGGCCUGCUCUUCGCCGCCGAGGUCCGGACCGUGUUCGCCAUGUUCGGGCACAACCUCGCGCUCGCGUUCGAGACGUUGGAGCAGGUGUGGCAGGAGCUGUGCCACGACAUCCGCCGCGGCGUCCCGUCGCCGGCGCGGGUCGCCGAUCCGGCCGUCCGGCGGGCCGUGUCGGCCCUCCUGGCGCCGAACCCCGCGCUGGCCGACGAGGUGGCGCGCAGGUGCGCCGGGCUCACCAACUGGUACGGGGUGAUCCCGGCGCUGUGGCCUAACGCCAAGUACGUCCACACGAUCGUGACGGGGUCCAUGGAGCACUAUGUCAGGAAGCUCCGGCACUACGCCGGCGGCCUGCCGCUGGUCGCCAUGGAUUACGGAGCGUCAGAGGGGAUGGUCGGGGCCAACGUAGAGCCGGAGAUGCCACCGGAGUCAGCCACGUUCACCGUGCUCCCCAACAUUGCUUACUUCGAGUUCAUCCCUCUAAAGACGAGCGACGGCGGCGACGCCUGUCCUGUCACGAGCUAUGCCGAGGCGGAGCCCGUCGGCUUGACGGAAGUCACCGUCGGCGAGCACUACGAAGUUGUCAUGACAACCUUCGCAGGGUUAUACCGGUACCGUCUCGGAGAUGUGGUGAAGGUGGCCGGGUUUCACAACUCCACUCCCAAGCUCAAGUUCGUGUGCCGGGGGAUGCUCACGCUGUCCAUCAACGUCGACAAGAACAGCGAGCAGGACGUCCAGCUCGCCGUCGACAGUGCGGCCAAGAUCCUAGCCACCGCCGAGAGGUUGGAGGUCCUGGACUACACCAGCCACGCCGACGUGUCGUCCGACCCGGGCCACUACGUCAUCUUCUGGGAACUCAGCGCCGCCGAGGCUGACGAUGACGUGCUGCAGAACUGCUGCGAUGAGCUGGACAGAGGCUUCGUCGAUGCUGGGUACGUGAGCUCGAGGAAGACGAACGCCAUCGGGCCGUUGGAGCUGCGGGUCCUGCAGCCGGGCACCUUCCAAAAGGUGAUGGAUCAUUACCUCUCCCUCGGAGCUCCUGUGAACCAGUUCAAGAUGCCACGGUGCGUUGCCGGAUCCAACUCGAGCGUCCUCCGUAUUCUCUCUAGCAGCACCGUCAAGGUCUUGUUCAGCACGGCCUACGGAUAG